AUGAAUGAUAGAAACAGAUUUAUAUGGAAGGUUGUUAAAAUUGAUGAACUUGAAUGGUUGGAUAUUAACUCUGGAACUCUAUCAUAUAAUUGUUCUUGUGGCGAUGUCUUUUGGACAACACUUACUUAUCUUGAAGAAGUAGCUGCUUUAGAAACUGAAGAAAAUGAGAGCUCCGUAAUUUUACAAUGUGAAAGCUGUUCACUAAAUAUUAAAGUUACUUUUAACAGAAAGUCUCUUAAUGAAAUAAGAAAAACUUUAAUAAAAUAA